CUUUCAAAGAGUUUAUUGAAGUCUAUGUAUGUUUCUUUUCUUGCUGGAUGCUUCCGCUCAGUACGGUUUGGUCUUGAAGAAGCUCAUGGAAAAGGACAAGCUUUGCAAUUUAAUUGGUUGUAUGUGCAAGGAGCCUUUAUUUUGAAUCCUGAUGAAACAUUUUCUAUUGACUUUACCAAGGUUGAAGGUGCAGUUGAGACCCUGAGUCGGGCGAUACUCACCAUACAAGCAAAAGGUGACAAAGAGGCUGUAAAUGUACUGCUUCAGAAACACGGCAUACUGACAGACCCAUUAAAAGUUGUUUUGCAAAAAUUAGAGAAAAUUCAGGUCCCCGUGGAUAUAGUUCCCACAUUUCCGGUAGAUGAUAAAAUAUUGGAGCAAAGACAAUAAAUUGAUCAUGAGACAGACAUGGCUUCGAUGACUUUUUAUGCCACUUGCAGUAAUCUGGUUUAGCGGUGUCUAUGCCUUUUGUUUUUCCGUCGUAAAUUGCAAAUGAAUACCUUGUAGUUGUAGAUAUAGAACUACGAUAUACAUACGUACAUAUACAUAUAUAUGUAUCUAUAUAUGCAGGAGAUUUUACGAACAC